AUCGGAGGGUGUACCACAUCCCUAGCAGUUAUCUGGGUGCAGAGUACGUCCACACUCUGAAAAGGUCGACGAAAAUGUCCGUCAAAGAGAAACAACAGCGUAUUCUGUCUCUCUUCGAGCAUUUGACAGCAGCACAAGUAGAACAACGUUUAGCUCCAGAAGAUAGAGAUCCCAGACUUUCAGGUAUUGGAAUAUUGAAGCGUGGAUCAUUAUUUUCUUGUUUCCAUAUUAAACACUUAGAUGAGGCCACCAAGCUGUACGAAAUCCUUUACCAUGCUAAGGACUUUGACGACUUCUUUCUGCUCGCCAAGCAAGCACAUACCUUCGUAAACGAAGGUCUUUUUGUGUAUGCUGUAUCUGUGGCGCUUCUCCACCGCGAUGACUGCAAGGGUGUGACUGUACCACCCAUCCAAGAAGUUUUCCCAGAUAGGUUCGUACCAGCUGAAACUGUAAAUCUUGCCAUCAAGGAAGCUAACAAUAAUCCCAACAGUGAUGUCGUAGUAGAAGCUGAGGAAACUGGUAAUAUCCUGGAUCCUGAAUACAAAUUAGCUUAUUUCCGUGAAGACAUCGGUGUUAAUGCUCACCAUUGGCACUGGCACAUUGUCUAUCCAGCAACAUGGAAAGAAGGUGUGAUGAAAAAAAGCAAAGACAGAAAAGGAGAACUUUUCUACUAUAUGCAUCAACAAAUGUGUGCUAGAUACGAUUGCGAACGUCUCUCUAAUGGUUUGAAUCGUAUGAUCCCAUUCCACAACUUUGAUGAGAAAUUAGAAGGUUACGCACCACAUCUUACUUCAUUGAUCAGUGGCUUACAAUACGGAAGCCGUCCACGUGGUUUCAGUUUAAGAGAUUUAAAAGAUGUCGAUGUACAAGAUAUGGAACGUUGGAGAGAAAGAAUUUUGGAUGCUAUCCAUUUGGGACACAUCCAUACUUCCGAAGACCAAGAAAUAGCUUUGGAUGAAGCUCACGGUGCUGACAUUUUGGGUGAUAUUAUCGAAUCUAGUGCCGAAUCCAGAAAUCCCGAAUUCUAUGGCAGUCUCCACAACUGGGGCCACGUAUUAAUGGCAAGAAUCCACGAUCCUGAUGGCAGAUUUAACGAAAAUCCAGGUGUGAUGAGUGAUACUUCGACUUCACUUCGUGAUCCAAUUUUCUACCGUUGGCAUAGAUUUGUCGACAAUAUUUUCCAAGACUAUAAAGCAACUUUACCAACAUAUUCUAGGGAACAACUUGAUUUUCCAGGUGUCGAAGUUACUGGAGUAACAGUAAAUGCUAAGACAAAGAAUGUCAUCCAUACUUUCAUGAAAGACGAUGAAUUAGAAUUAUCUCACGGUAUUCAAUUCGCCAGUAAUCAUAGUGUUAAGGUUAAAUACCAUCAUUUAGAUCACGAACCAUUCUCCUAUACAAUCGAAGUUAAUAAUACUGGCAAAGCCACAAAGGCUGCAGUUCGUAUAUUCUUAGGUCCAAAAUUCGAUGAAUUGGGCAAUGUACUUGAUAUCAACGAACAACGUCGUUUAUGUAUCGAAUUAGAUAAAUUCUUCGUCCCCCUAACCCCCGGCAAGAAUACAAUCUCUAGAAAUGCAAUCGAAUCUAGCGUCACGGUUUCCGAAUUGCAUACAUUUGAACAGCUGAAGAAGGGAGAAGGAGUCAGCGAAAAUGCAACUGAAUUCUGUAGCUGCGGAUGGCCAGAACACAUGCUCAUCCCACGUGGUAACCACAGAGGAAUGGUUUUCGAUCUUUUCGUUAUGUUAACCGAUGGCAGCGAAGAUCUCGUCGGUCUUGGCGGUUUGUGCAAAGAUGCAGUAAGCUACUGUGGUGCUAAGGAUGCUCUCUAUCCCGAUAAGAGACCUAUGGGAUUCCCAUUCGAUCGACCCAUCGAUGCAAGAAACUUACAAGAGUUCCUCACUCCCAACAUUCACUUCACCGAAGUUGAAAUCAAAUUCGAUGGUUAUGUUGUUUGGGGGGCGUCAGGCCGCAGUAGCUGGGUAGUUGCGUUCACUUCGCUUACGGGACCAUCAGGCAAAGUCAUGGGAGUGCAAGACAAGCAGAAGCGUAUUUUGCCUCUGUUCGAGCAUCUUACGUCUCUUACAACAGAGCAGCUACCAUUAGAUGCUAGAGAUGAUAGACUGAAAGAUGUCGGACACCUCGAACGAGGAAAACUUUUCUCUUGCUUUCAUACCGAUCACUUAGCCGAGGCUGAAAGUCUUUAUACAGUUCUUUUCCAAGCUAAAGACUUUGACGAUUUCAUCCACCUCUGUGAACAAGCCCGUAACGUUGUGAACGAAGGUCUCUUCGUCUUCGCUGUCUCUGUGGCUGUUCUGCACAGAGAGGACUGCAAAGGUGUAACAGUUCCACCCAUUCAAGAGAUCUUCCCCGAUAGAUUCGUACCAGCUGAGACCAUCAACCAAGCACUGAAGGCCGAUCGCAAAAGAACAGGAGAUGAAGACAUAGUCGUAAAAAUCCAAGAAACGGGUAAUAUUCUUGAUCCAGAAUACCAUCUCGCAUACUUCAGAGAAGAUAUCGAAGUCAAUGCCCAUCAUUGGCACUGGCACUUGGUUUAUCCAGCUAAUUGGAAACCAGAAGUUAUGGGUAAAGUCAAAGAUAGAAAGGGUGAACUUUUCUAUUACAUGCAUCAACAGAUGUGCGCCAGAUACGAUUGUGACCGAUUGUCUACUGGUCUUAGACGUAUGAUACCAUUCCAGAACUUUGACGAAACUUUGGAAGGUUAUUCACCUCAUUUAACAUCAUUGAUCAGUGGAUUGAACUAUGCCAGUCGUCCAGCUGGUCUUUCCAUGCAUGACGUAACCGACGUUAAUGUUCAAGAAAUGGUCCGCUGGAGAGAACGAGUUCUCGAUGCUAUCCACGUUGGUCACGUUAUUGAUGAUCACGGUCAUGAAAUUCCACUCGACGAAGAACACGGUAUUGACAUAUUAGGUUCUCUCUUAGAAUCAAGUGCCGAAUCUAAAAACAAAGGUUAUUAUGGUACUCUGCAUAACUGGGGACACGUUAUUCUCGCCCGCGUACACGAUCCCGAUGGCCGAUUUAGAGAAAAUCCAGGUGUGAUGAGCGAUACUUCAACUUCACUCCGUGAUCCAAUUUUCUACCGUUUCCACAGAUUUAUGGAUAACAUGUUCCAGGAAUACAAAGCACAUUUGCCAUCGUAUGAUGAUCAUGAUCUUGAUUUCCCUGGUGUUAUUCUAGAACAUGUUACCAUUAACGCUAAAGUACCCGAUGUAAUCACAACCACUAUGAAAGAAGACGAGUUGCAGCUCUCUCACGGAAUUAAAACUAAAGGAUCCGUAAAGGUAAAAUUUGAGCACUUGGACCACGAACCAUUCACCUAUUCAAUGGACGUCCAAAACAAGACAGGUAGCGUUAAGCACGCAACAGUUCGUAUCUUUUUAGCACCAAAAUACGAUGAACUCGGAAACCGAAUGACUCUUAACGACCAACGUGGUCUUUACAUCGAAUUGGAUAAAUUCCACAAGGAAUUACCACCUGGCAGAAGUCACAUUACGAGAGAUGCUUCCAGUUCCAGUGUUACUAUCACUCACGUACCAACAUUCGACGAAUUGAUCCAAGGUAAAGGAGUGAGUGAGGACAACACCGAAUUCUGCAGCUGCGGUUGGCCUUCCCAUAUGUUAUUGCCUCGUGGUAACGAACGUGGUAUGGUGUUCCAACUCUUCGUUAUGCUUACCGAUUACGAAAAAGACAAUGUUGGAGGUCUAAAUGACCACGCCAUUUGCUCAGAUGCCGUAAGCUACUGUGGUGCUAAAGAUUCCAAGUAUCCAGACAAGAAAGCUAUGGGCUUCCCCUUCGACAGAGUUAUUAAAGCACGUACUCCAAGUCAAUUUGCCACUCCUAAUAUGUCCUUCACUGAUAUCAGGAUCCAACACGUCGAACAUGAACAUGGCCAUCAUUAAGUUCUCAACCAGCUGACACAUGCAACAACAAUGUUACUCAACUGAUAAGUUGUAUAUUAAUUUCUCAAAUUUGGCGAAAAUAAAAUUCAAAUUAUGUAAUAAUAAGUGACUUUAAUUCAAUAAACCGUAUACUAUAGAAUA